AUGGCAGCUAAGUUCGUCGCCCUUGUCUGCGCUCUCGCCGUAGCCCACGGCUCCGUGGUGCCCGUUGAAAAUGAAGCGUCCAGCUUCGAAUACGGCGUGGCUGACCCCAACACCGGCGACUACAAGAACCAAGUGGAGAGCCGCGUCGGUGGCGUCGUCCGCGGCCAGUACUCCCUCAUCGAGCCCGAUGGCACCAAGCGCAUCGUCGACUACACCGCUGACGAUGUCAACGGCUUCAACGCUGUUGUGCGCAAGGAAGCAGUCGGCAGCGUUGUUGCUGCCGCCGCUCCCGCCGUAGUUGCUCCCGCGGUUGUCGCCGCCCGCUCCUACGCCGCUCCUUCAGUAAUUGCACCCGUCACGUACGCCCGCUCCUACUCUCCAUCCACCGUCGUCGCCCCCGCCGUUGCUUCGCCCGUGUACGCCACCUCAGCUCCUCUUAUCGCUGCCCGCUCAUAUGCCCCCGCUGUAUACAGCAGAUCCUACUUGGCCCCCAGCGUGUACUCCCAGGCUUACUCACCCUACUACAACACCUACGGCACAGUUCCAGUCACCUACUAUUAAAUGUAAACUGAAGAGACGAACUUACUGUAAA